CGCAAAUCUUUCUAAUUCGUUGAAAGCUCAACCUUAACAUUGGAACUCAGCGGAAAAGAAAAAUGGCCAUUCUGAAAAUCAAGUUCAACGUGCAGAAAAGGGUGAAAUUGGCCCAGGGUCUGUGGCUGCUGAACUGGUUCUGUGUCAUAGUCGGAAUCGUCAUCUUUGGAAUGGGCUUGUUCCUCAAGAUCGAGCUCAGGAAACGGAGCGAGCUAAUGGACAACGAGGAGAGCCAUUUGGUGCCCAACUCCCUGAUACUGGUGGGUCUUACGGCCUGCGCCAUCAACUGCUUUGGGGGCAAGUUUUGCUACGACUCACUCGAUCCGGCUAAAUACGCCCGAUGGAAAUCGGUGCUCAAGUUCUACCUGGCGUUCUUUUUGUUUUUCGCUUUUUUGACCUUCAUCACCGUGUUGUUGUGCUUCCUGAUGAGGAUUUACCUGGAAGACACUCUAGCCAAAGGGCUAAAGAACGGCAUGAAAUUCUACAGGGAUACCGACACCCCGGGCAGGUGCUUCAUGAAGAAAACCAUCGACCAGCUGCAGAUAGAUUUCCGCUGCUGCGGAAGCAACGGCUUCCGUGACUGGUUUGAAAUCCAGUGGAUCAGCAACAGAUACCUGGACUUCAGCUCCAAGGAGGUGAAAGACCGUAUAAAGAGCAACGUUGAAGGGAAGUAUCUGGUGGACGGGGUCCCAUUCAGUUGCUGCAAUCCGGCUUCCCCUCGACCCUGUAUCCAGCAGCAGAUCACCAAUAAUUCAGCCCAUUACAGCUACGAAUUCCGGUCAGAAGAGCUGAACUUGUGGACACGAGGAUGCAAGCAAGCACUGCUCAAUUACUAUGCCAAUAUGAUGCACUCAAUUGGAGCUCUCGUCUUAUUUGGUUGGGUACUGGAGGUAACAGGGAUGGUUGGGAUGCAGUAUUUGCACACAGCCCUAGACAGCAUUGCAAACCCUGAAGAUCCUGACUGUGAAAGUGAGGGUUGGUUAAUGGAGAAAGGCCUGAAGGAAACAAUUAAAUCUAUGCUGGAAAGCAUUAAAGAGCUGGGUAAGUUUAAUCAAGUAGCCACAACAGCUGAAGAGGAGAAAAAGCAAGAGGAUACGACUGUUGCCACAGUCAGCUGAAGAGAUGGCAAAACAAUAUGUUCAGGAGAAGGCAUGGGUAUAGAAACAAGCUGGAAUGAGAAGUAAAUGAAAAUUGAAUAAAGGUAUAAUACAAGAUCAGAUAAAUAAUUCCCUUCACUGUAUAAAAUGUAAAGCAUUGUGUUAACAACUUUAUUCUUCUGUAUUUUGCAUUGAAAGAUAAACCAGACCUGUCAAAUUGUGUUAAACUCUUUUUUCACAAUUGAUUAUACUAUGCAGUCAGCAGGAAUCUUUUUCAAUGCUUUAUACUAUAUUAAAUGUUAACUACAAACAGUGUAUUGCCUCUGAAUUUGGAAAUAAGGAUGUGAUAAAGGCAUGUUUUAAAUAUCCCAGACAUCUUUAAUAUUGCUCAUUUGCUGUGUGAAAUUAUAUAGAAUAUAAACUGCUAUAAAAUAGGGCUAAACAUUAAAAAGCAUAUUUGAAAAAAAGAUUAACUUAUUAGAGUCAUGAAGUAAUACAGCAUGGACACAGGCCUUUGGCCCAACUGGCUCAUGCUAACCACAGCAUCCUCCUUGCUAGUCCAGGCUGCCUGUGUUCAGCCCAUUACUACCCUUACCUUCCAAGUACCUAUCCAAAUGCCUCUAAAAUGUUGCACUUCGACCACUUCUUCUGGCAGCUCAUUCCAGAUACUUGCUAUGCUCUUUCAGUUGAAGAAUAUUGUCCAUUAAUCUAAUUUCAACAACCAUUCUUUAGAAACUUAGAACAAAAUCAAAUGAGAAAAGUGAAUGUAUGGAUGGCACUACAAUGUUGCUUCAAGCAGAACCAUUAUCAAGGGCCAGAAACUCUCAAAGAUACUGGCUGCAAUUUCAGAAGACACAACUAAAGCCAAUUCAAAAUGCCUUCUGCUAAAACAUUCAAGACACUCCCAUUUUCAGAUCCCCAAUGGGUUUGGCCAGUUAAUUUGAAACAAAAGUAAAGUCUUUUGUGAUUUUGUACAAGAAAUAGUAGUCAUAGUCAUACUUUAUUGAUCCCGGGGGAAAUUGGAUAAAUAUACAUAUUCACAUCCAGCUAAGUCUAAACCAUGGUAUGGUUUGCGAAUUAGAUAUGAGAUUAUGAUAGCUAUAAGUAUUGCUGCCAACAUUAGGGUUGUAUUUAGGUCAGAGUCCAAAUGUAGUUAAAUUUUCUACAGGAUACAAGUUUAAAUAUUUCUGCAAAGUAUUUCCAUACAGACAAUGUAACAACUCUUAGCAGAGAUACAGAAAUUUGGAAUGUCUUCUAAAGGAAGUUUCAUUAAGCAAACUUUCAUGAUCACUUUAAAUAUAUGUUAGCAGUUUUAGAUGUAACUGUCUACAGUGGCUUCAAGGAUAAAAUCCUAAGUACGUUUAAUGCCAGUUUAUAGGAUUAACUUUUGUAAUUCUUUUCCAAAGGAGACGAACUAAUUCAUCAUGACAUCUAAAUUGUCACGCAAAUCUGUGAUAAAUAUAAGAGGAAAGAAAGGAUUUUAUCCUUUCAUUGUCCCAUAUUCUGCCAGAUUAAAUGCCCUCAAAUAUUCUGUAGAAUUGUUAUGGAUACAAGUAUAUUAAAAACAUAAAUUGUCUAUUUUUCAUUUUACCAUUUUCUACAAUUCACUUCUGAACUAACCAAUUCCACUUCAAACUGUUUGAAGAUAAUAAAUCUUAAAAAAUAUGAUGUAAGAAUUGACUCGUACUUUAUAAAGAAAUAUAUCAAAGUUGGCGUCCAAAGCAACAUAGUGAAGCAAAUAGGCAAAGCAACAGAGUUGGAGUUGGGCACCAAGAUACCGGAAAGUUCUAUCAUCAACUGACAAAUAUUAGGCAGGAAAGAAAUAUGUGCACAUUAAAUUAGAAAGACUGUUAAGCUGAAAAUUGUUGUAGAAUAAUGUAGGUCUAGCUGAUCAUGUGAUUAAUAAUUGGAAUAAUGAAAUCACAUUCGAUGGUUUUGUAUCUCUAGGAAUAUAGUUUUCUUCACGUUUCAUGGGAUAAUUCUCCAUUCCAGGAAACAGUCCAUGAUCCUCCUUUACACAUUGUUCAGAAGUGAAUUCCAUGGUUCCAAUUAUGGUUUCCAUAAACCUCUAUCUAAGUGCAGUAAAGCUGCAUUAUUUUUGUACUCCAAUUACUUUGUAAUAAAGGCUAACACUUUUUUUUUGGACCUGCAUGUUAAUUUCUGCAUUUAGUAUGCAAGGAAACACAGGUACCACUGGAGUACCAACCUCUUUCACAAUUUAAAAACUGUUGUGCUUUUCUGUUUUUCAACACAAAGUGGCUAACUUCACAUUUCCUCACAUUCUGUCCCAUUUGCUAUGUCUUAGCCACUCACCUUACUGCACAUAUCCCUAUUCUCUAUCUCACUCUCAUGACUCAUUUUACCAGUAACCUGAGGCACAGUACAAUUUUACCCUCCCUCAACCAAGUCAUAAAUAGGAAAACCUAGUGGCACGUUAUCAAAAGCAUUUUGAAAAUCUGAUUUAGUUACCUUGUCCAUUUACCUUGUUAUUUACACUCUCAGGAAAUCAUGAACUUCCUUUGAAUUUGUGUAUGUUCUGCCCGGUCCUAUAAUAAUAUAAAGUGCUUCAGAAAAUAGCGAAUUACAGGGAGAUAAGCUCACAGAGUUCAUUGUUAAAAUAGAAUUCUUUAUUGAUAAAAUUGCUAAUGUCUAAUUUUUAAUUGAAUAAUCCUUGUGCACUACAAUAACUUAAAAUCCAUCAACUGGCUGUUCUCUAAAUUAGAUGUAUUCAUUAGAGAAGCUUAAUCUUUGUUCUUUAACACAACACUAUAAAUGUCUGUUUCUUGUUAAACUUAAGUACUGCUUUGUUAUGAGCUGUUAAUAUAAGCCAUUGAUAUGACAGCAAAGUGAGUUGGGCAUCAUUGAACAAAGCUGUGGGGAUAAAAGACAAGAAAGUUCCAUGGUUCUAUUUGGUCAGUGGAUCUUUUUAUGUAGUAUCUAAUAAUAUUAUCAAACAUCUCAAAAAACUAAUGCAAAGAAUUACAUUUUUAAAAUACAUUGUGGGAAAACAUGUUUCGUACCACAAAAAUAUGAAUUAAAUGAAUAAACAGGAUUAAAUGAGAAAGGUUUAGGUAUAAGUAUGGCAUAAGCACCUCCUGUUUUUCCGGAUUAAAAACUGCUGCCUAAUACAUUUGAAAAAUUCAUUAAAUGUAGAGGAGCAGAUUAAUUUGCGCAUCCAAUUUGCAGCAAACAUUUUAAAAAUUGAAUCAGUAUACAUUUAUGUGUAUACUUGCAGCUUACAAAGUACUCUUGUAGGGUAAUUUUUAAUCUGUAUCAUGAUAGUCCAGCCAUUGUACUUCUGGAUGAGCAGGCAAAGUUCUGGACUAAUGAUCCAGAGAAAUGUUCAAAUUCCACCAUGGCAUCAGGAACAGUCACCUUAAGCUACCAGUUGUUAUGUGAACCCACCUGGUUUACUUAUAUCCUUUAAGGAAUAAUUCGUCCAUCUCCAGCCUAGCAGACCUCACAAUAUUGUUGACUUUUAACUGCCAAUUUAAUUUAGGAACCAUUAAAAAUGGGCAAUGCUGGAAUUGUGAGCAACAGUAACAUGGAAAAAUAACAGUUAAUGGUACCACAUUUCAUUGUUUGUCAAUUUUUCCAUAUAGCUUUUUAUUAAAAAAUACACAAAUAACAUUUUUUGUAUCUAUGAGCAGCAUAGUGGGGUUGCAAACAAAAGGCUUGGCAUUUUGUACAUUGAGAUAUCCAACAUUAAUUCUUUGUUUCAAGGUGGCUAGGUUUUUUCACAGAACUAUGCUGUAUCUGAAAGAAUAUAAAGGUUGGCAUUAUCCAUGAUCAACCUUCAAAAUAGUAACUGGUUAUUAAAAUUUAUAUUCCAUGCUAACCCUAUACAUUAUGUUUAACUCAGAAAAAAAUCACUCAUCUUAAAUCAGCUCUCUUUUCCACUUAUGUAUUUUUA